CAGAGCGGCCGAGCCGGAGGAGGAGGAGGACGAAGCGGCUGCCCGGACAUCUUGAUCACUGCGAAAAUCUCUCUCUCUCUCUCUCUUUAGUUCCCGAGCGGGAAGCCUAGACACUGGGCAGGCGAGGUGAAGGAGAGAGGAGCUAUGGGCGCAGGGAGCUCUGUGGAGGCGCGGAGCCCGCAGGACCCCGCCACUGCAGCAGGAGAGUCCCAGCCUAGCAGCCCCGAGGCGGAGACGCCGACAGCGGCGCUGGCCGAGCCUGAGCAGCUGGAGGAACCCGCCAAGCUUUUACAGAAGAAUGGACAGAUAUCCAGUAUUAACGGAAUGGCAGAAGAGCAAUUGGAGCUCAACCUUAAGCCAGAGGAGCUGAAUGGACAAAAAACAGAAGAAGUUGUGACAGACGUAGGACAAAGUGAUACCCCAAAUGUGAUUCUAAAAGAGGAGUCUGCUGAAAACAUGGAGACCAAGUCACCAGAAUCAGAUAAAACAAAGGUAGACGACGACCCUAAGGAAUCACCAGAUGCUGAUAAGCAAUUGCCAACACCGGAAGAAAAAGCAGAAGAGCAGGAACUACCCGGUGAAUCUCCAUCUAAUGAUGUUGGAUUUAAAAAAGUGUUUAAGUUUGUUGGAUUCAAAUUUACUGUCAGAAAGGAUAAGACCGAGAAAUCAGAACCUGUUCAGCUACUGAAUGUGAAAGCAGAUGAUACAGAAGUAGCAGCAGAUGGAGCUGGAGACUGUAAGGAAGUCAAAAUGGAGAUGGUACAGGAAGCAAUACAAAGUGAAGUGUCUCAUCCUGUAGAAAAGACUGAACAACAGACUCAAACUGAGCAGGUGAAGGAAGAAGCUUAUUCUGAAAAGAUAAAAGAAAGCCCUGUGGAACCAACUGAAGCAAGCAAGGAGGCAGAAGUUAAAAGUGACGGUAGCAAGUUGGUAGAGUCUCCAACAAGCCCACUAGCUAAUGAAACAGCAUCACCCCUAAGAAAGUUCUUUACUUGGGCUGGCUUUAGGAAAAAGACAAGCUUCAGGAAGCCCAAAGAAGAUGACCAGAUUGUUGAGAGAGAAAAACAGGACCAAGACAAAGAAAUGGCAGAAGAAAAUGCUAUCAAAGAAGAACUGGAAAUAGAAAAAGUAGUACCAGAUAAAAAUGGGCCAGAAAUUUCUGUAGAACCCACAGAUGAGACAAUGACGAAAGUGAGAGAGGAAAGUGAAGAAGUAAAAAUGAGAGAUGUCUCAACAGAAACACACCAGGAAGAACCCCUUACUCUGCCAUCAGAAGAGUAUGUAAAAAGUGUAAAUAAAGAGUCAGAGAUAUGUUUGACUGAGAAGAUUGGUCUGGCCUCCAAGGAAAAAUCAGAAACGAUACAAGAAUGUCUACCUUCCCUAGAGCAGAGCACUCUUGCAUUGCCUGCGAAGAAACAUGCAGCACCCCUGGCAAAAGAACUACCCGAAGAAAAAUUAGACAAAUGUGAACCAAUUUCUCCAUUGGCAAUGGAAAAGACUGAAGAACAUUUUGAAAUUCUUGAAGACAAACCUGAACCAAAAGCUCCUCUGGCAACUGAAAGUUUUGAUGAAAUACCCACAGAGUUUAACAAUGAUGUUAGCACCAUUGUGAAGAAGGAAGAGGUAAAAACAAAUGAAAAAGAAGAAUUAACUCAUGAACAAUUAGUUGAGACAGAUGCUCAGCUUCAGACAGGACAGCCUGCUGAUGAACAAUUAAAAGCCAAAGAAAUUCUACCUGUAGCAAUGAAUGAACAGAUCAAGCAAACUGAACCUAGCAGUGGAGAUGUCGCAACAUCUAAACCUCCAGAAGGCAUCACAAAUGAAGUUGAAUUGCUUUCAUCACAAGAAAGAGCUAAGAUACAAGGCAGCCCCUUAAAGAAGCUUUUUACAAGUAGUAGCUUAAAGAAGUUAUCAGGAAAGAAACAUAAAGUAAAAAGAGAUGACACUAAGUCAGGGGAAUCAGUGGAACAAACACAAUUGUCUGAUUCUGCAGAAAGUCCUGAAGAACAAAAAGGAGAAAGUUCUGCCUCUUCUCCCGAAGAGACAGUAGAGCUGUCUUAUGUAGAAAAAGUUAUAGAUGUAGCACAGGUCACUGAAAGUGAAGAAGGCGCUGCUUCAGAUAUGGAGAAGAAAAGAGAAAGUGUUACUCCUUGGGCAUCCUUUAAAAAAAUGGUGACUCCCAAGAAACGGGUCAGGAGACUUUCUGAAAGUGACAAAGAAGAAGAACUUGAGAAAGCCAAGAGUGCUGCUCUCGCUUCAACUGAAAGUGCUCCUUGUGAAGAACAGGAAGAUAAUAAAGAAAAUGGUGAAGAGCAGAAAUUAGAAAAAAGCACAGAUGAGCCCAAGAGAAAGGUUGAUACUUCUGUAUCAUGGGAAGCCUUAAUUUGUGUAGGUUCAUCUAAGAAAAGAGCUAGAAAAUUAUCAGGUUCUGAUGAAGACGUAGGACAAAGACUUGCUCAAGAAGGACAAAAAACAUAUGAAAGUGGAAUGCAUAAAGAAACAGCCCAAGACAUGACCUUUACUAGUUCCCAGGAAAGUGAUCAAGGACAAGGAAAUUCCUCACCAGAACAAGCUGGAAGUCCAUCUGAAAGUGAAGGAGUUUCAACAUGGGAGUCUUUUAAAAGACUAGUAACCCCACGAAGAAAAUCCAAAACAAAGUUGGAAGACAGAACUGAAGAGCCAGUCACAGUUCCAAGUUCAGAACACUCUGCUUCAGACGGUGAUUCUGGAAAAGAAGAAUCCUGGGUUUCAUUUAAAAAACUGAUGCCAGGUCGCAGGAAGAAAAAGUCAGAUGGAAUACCAGAGCAUGCUCCUGUUGAGGAAGUAGGAGAAGAAAUUACAGAGAACAAUGAAGAAGAUUAUGAUGUUCCAGCUGUUGUUCCUUUGUCAGAGUAUGAAGCUGCUGAACAAGAGAAAUUUGAAGCACAGAAGGCAAAAGAAGAUGAUGUAACUAAGAAGAAAAUUUUAGAUGAAAGAACUGAAGAGUCAAAAGAUGCUUUAGUAGAUGAACAGUCCAGUGAAGGAUUAGUUCAUGCAGUCACUGUCACAGUGGUUGAAGGGGAAAGAGCAGUUACAAGUAUUGAAGAAAGAUCACCAUCUUGGAUAUCGGCUGCUGUGACAGAAUCCAUUGAACAUGCAGACAAAGACAAUGAGAAACAAACUGAACAAAUUUCUGAAACUGGAAUUGGAGAAGAAAUAGCAGUAGUUACUAAACACAUGCCAGAAAUUAGAAAGGACAUUAGUGGUGACACGAUAAUCAGUGAGCUGGAGUUAACUCCAGAAGCGAUUACAGCUCAAGAAGAAGCUUCAGGUGUUGAGGAAGUAACUGAAGCAUCCUGUGCUGAAGAGACAACUGAAAUGGUUUCAGCAGUUUCAAGACUAAGUGAGUCCCCUGAUACAACUGAAGUAGCUACACCUGUACAGGAAGUAGGAGGUCAGCAAAAUCUAGAAGAAUUAAAUAAGCAAACCCAGGAAGUUCUACAAGAAGUUGCUGAAAAAGUUAAAUUAUCUGAUGAUGCACAACUGAUUAGUCAAAAGGUAUCAGAAAUAGACAUUCAGUCUAUCUCAGUGGAAAAAAGCAGGCAAGAAAUUACCAUCUUGUUUCCAGAAGUUAAACUGGCUGACUUGCCCUUAAAGAUAGAAGAUCCUAAGAAGAUUAGUAUCCAAACUAAUGAAGGCACAGAAGGUGAUCACAGUCAAGGUGAAGUUAAAGGAAGUGGUUUGAAGGAAGUGUUGGAGAAGACUAAAGACUCAUGUGCUGAGGGAAAAGAAAGAGCUAAAGAAAGUAUAAAUUUAGAUAGUGCUGAUGAAAGUGAAACUGAACAAGAAAGACAUGAAGAAAUCACCAAAGAACAGACCACUGAAGAGAAAUCUGAAGAGGAAGAUUUUGUCUUUGUUACAGUAACUGCUGGUGAAGAACCAGAAGUAAAAGUUGGUGAGACUAUCCAAAAGCAACAACAUAUAUCUUUAGAAGCAGUUGAAAAGGAAAAAUAUGGAACUAUUGAUGCAGUAGAGGAAAUCACAGUGAAUUUAGAAGAAACAGCUCAAGGUGAGGUCACUGAAGAUGGUGUUACAGAAGUGGAUGAAUCAAUGAAAAGACUCGAUGAAGAGGAGACUGAGUUCUCCCAGAAUCUUAUGCAAAUUGUCUUACCUAGCCUGGAGUCAGAAAAUGCAGAAACACGUCCAGCUCAGGUAAAGAAGGCUCUUAUACAGAAUUACGUAAAAGAUACAAAGUGGUUUAUAAAGUCCAGAAAUAAGAAAGAACCAGUGCCUGAAGUACCAAUCCAGAGCCAGGCUAUUGAUGUUCCAGUGAGAAUUGUAGUAAAUGAAAUGAAUGCUCUGGAUAUUGCAAAAGAUGUUACAAUUGGCUUAGAAACUAAAAGCACUGAGAAAGUUGCAACUGAGGCCUACUUAGAGAACAAGGACACUGAGGCCUUUUUAUACAAUAUGCAACCUGAAACUCCUGUGCAGAAAAUGGAACCUGACAUUCAUCUUCAGAAAGCAGAAAUUGAGAUCCCUGUAGAAAAUGUGAAACCUAAACCUCACCUGUUGGAUACUGAGACCCAGAUCCCUGUAGACACUGUGGAAACAGGGAUAUCCAUUAGAAAGAUGGAAGUGGAGGUCCACCAGCAGAAUUCAGAGAUUGAGGCCCUUAUACAAAAGGUAGUAACAGAACACCAUAAAGAAGUGGAUAAGGAGCCUUCCCUACUGAAUGUAGAAGCUGAGGUCCUGGCAGAGAAGACUGAAGUAAUAGUGAUGAAAUUUUCCCCAGAGAUGGCAAAACCAGAAAUUCCUACAGAAAAGGCAACAGUUCUGACAGAGACAGACGCAGAAGUUCUUGCCGAAAAGGCAGGUGGAAAGGUGCAUGUGGAGGCUUCUGCAGAGAAAUUAGAUGUGGAAGUAGGGGCUCCAGCAGAAAAGGCUGAUGUAAAGGUGGAUGUGGAUACCUCUGUAGCAAAAGUAGUUGAAGAGGCUUCUGUAGAGAAAGAGGUUACAGAGUUCCAUGCAGAAGAGGUGGAAGCAGAGGUUGUCAAGGAGGUUGAAAUGAAGGUUCCUGCAGAAAAGGUGGAUAUGAAAAACCUUACAGAAGAUAGAAAACGGGAAUCCCCCCCAGAAACAAUUGAAGUCCUCACAGAAGAAGCAAAAGUAGGCAUUCCUUCAGAAAUGGUGGAUGCAGUGGUGCAUACAAGGACCCUUGUGGAAGCCCCUGCAGAGCAAUCAGAACUAGUGCAAGAAGAAGCUGCUGCCAAGCCAGCAGAGCAGAAAGAGAAUUUGCAGAGCUUGGAGGCUGAAGUUAACUUUCAAUCUGAGAUAGAAGAUACUAUGAAUUCCAUGAUUUCAGUAGAAGUUCCAGUUUGUGCAGAUUUAGGUGACAUACGUAAAGUUCCAGUGCAGAGAGAGAUGCAAGAUGUUGCCAGUUCCUCUCAAGUAGAAUAUUUGGAUUCUCUUGGAACUGAGGGUCCUUUUGAGGUUAAAGAUGCUGGUCUAGCUCCCAAAACAAAUGAGCUAGGGGAUGUCACCCUUGUCUUAGAAUCAAAGUGCACAGAAGAAAUUGUAACUGAGAUCCCUGUGCAGAAGGAAAAAAAUAUACCCUUUAUGGAGAGUGCAGCAUCUGAAGUCCUCGUGCAAAGUGAAAAGGAAGAUGCACUUUCUUUGAAACCAAAUUUUGCAGAGGCUGAAUUAACUGAGAAUGCUGUGGAAAAUGAGGCAACAGUGGAUUUUGUGGAAAAUGAGCUUGGAAACACAGAACUAGCAAUUAAAUCCAAACACACAGAAGCAGCAGUAACUGGGGCUGCUGCAAGGACAAAAGUCGAAGGAGACACCCUUUUCUCAGACUCCAGAUUCACAGAGAGAAUUUCAGAAAGCUGUCAGAAAGGACAAGUGCUAUCAGAGAAGGCAGUGACAGUGGAAAAUGACAAAUCAGCUGAAAACGCUGAACUUCCUCCUAGUGGGGAUGUACUUUAUGCAGCUCCGAUGCAGCAACAUCCCAAGCAACAGGAGGUUGCCACCACUGACAUUCCUGAAAUGCAAAGCUAUGAAGCUUAUAAAUCCUCUUUGCCAGUAACAGCUGCAGCAAUUGAAGAGCAAGUCAUUGAAGAAAGUGUCAUUGUUACAGAAACAUCAACGGAAACAUUGCAGUCUUUCUUAGAAGAGCCAAAAGAAAAAGCAUUCAAAAUUGUACAGCAGGUGACCUUUGCUCACUCAGGUCUGGGGGCUCCAGGUCCUGAUACUGAGGUAAUGUGGACUGAGAAGACAGAAUCAGCCAGUGAGAAGCCAAUUUUGCCAGCUGAUUAUUUGAUCCAGCCACAUGUAUUUGAUUCCAUCCCCAAAAUGAAAUCAGAGCUCAGUCAAGAAACUGAAAGACAGAUUCAGUCUCCAGAAAGACACCCCUCUUUGACCCAUAUAGAAUUUCAAAAAGAUGGUGUUGAGCCUGUGACUAUAGAGUCUCAGAGUUCCAAAAUUGUCCUUAAAAUCAUUCAGAAUGCUGUUGAUAAACUGGUGGAAAAAACAGAAGAGACAGUGUAUGUGUCAAGUCAGGUGUGUGAAAAUAAAUCUGAAAUUCAGGAAAGCCUACACACUGAUCAGCAGCUGCUUUCUGAGAACAUAGAGAGACAAGAGAUCCUCAUAAAAGAAGAAGUCCCUAGAAGGGCAGAGGCUGAUCUAGAAGUCGUGAAACACGUGUCACAGUCGGAUGAACAUUUGGGUACUGUGACAAAACUAGUGGAAGUUGGAAAAGACAUUACAGAAGAGCCAGGCUUGCAGAAAGAAAAUGGCGAAACAAAGUUUGAAUCUGAAAUGGAUUGUGCUAUUCCAAAAGAGACUGAGAAGGUGACAUUGGAUGGUGCUGCCGCAGGAGAUCUACCCAAAGAGUCACGUGACAUAGACCAACCAAAGCUAAAGACUGUAGAAGCUGGGCAGACUGUUCAAAUGCAGGAACACUUUAUAGAGCAGCAAACACAAGCAAAAAGGAAAGAAGACCAGUCAAUGGGACUUGGGGAGACACACACAGAGGAAGAUGUAAAUAAUCAAGACUACACAUCCUGUGAGACUCUACAGUUAAAACCAGAGCUCACCGAAUGCUGAGAUUUAAAUUGCCUGGAAGCUGCAUCUUAUAGUUGGAGAGACCAGUGUAUGCAGAAGGCAGUGGAAGAGAAUGGGUUUUGCAUUA